AUAGAUAUAAAGGUGAAAAGCAUCAGCAACCUUUUGCUAGGAACUUGCUACAAUUGCUAGUGACAAAUUUUUCAUUAGUCUAUUAAAUAACUAUUAUUUAAUUCAAGGCGUAUAACCAAACGGUAGUUAUUUCUCUCCCAAUCUUAACAUUUUUAUAAUUUAAAAAAAUUAAUUUAGCUAAAUUAUAUUAAGCUUCGAUUGUCGAUUUCGGUGCAAAUCCCUACACGGUAGACUACUUUGCCUGCCAUAAUCAUAAUCAAGAUGGCCGCAAUAAUAUUUGUUUUUCCAAGUUAAAGAAUUUAAGUUCAUUUAGGUGAAGAGUGAAUUAAUUUUUUCAUGAAAUGCUCUAACGAAUGCUCAGUUCAUCGGGGUGGCUGUUGAUUUUGGUUGCUCAGUUUUUUCGACCUUUUCGUAUUAUUUCCGUUUUGAUGCAUUCACAUAACAGUACAGAUUUGUGCAGUUUAUUGUCGACCUGAAGACAGGAAGAAUUCGGUAAAUGGCUGCUUCAAGAAGCGAUAUUGAGGAAUUCCUGAGUGGACCUCUUGUCAAGUGGUUAUCAACCUGCGUGAAAAAACCGGAGACCCUGCAGGUGUACGAGACGUUUUUCGAUGGAGCCGCAAUAAACGAGGUUCUGUUGCAAAUUGAUCCAGAACCCUCGCUGCCGGUACCUUCCCCGGCCAAUUUGCAGGGUUUUCAUAUAACUGCCGCCAGAAUAAAGAUAUUUCACUGUAUUAUCAGGAAUAUUAAAAGCAUCUACGAAGAUGAGCUGCGGCAGGUAAUCGUAAGUCUUCCCGACUGUGUAACACUUGGUAGAACUCCAGCCUCAGAGCAGGCAUUAACUCAUUUGAAGUUGCUGGUUCUGCUUUUAUUAGGUUGCGCCGUUCAAGGACCCACGAAAGAAACAUUUAUAGCCCGAAUCAAAGAGUUGGAUGUCGAUGUGCAACAUGAUAUUGUUGCCUGCAUUAAACAGAUUACAGAUGGGCAAAACCUUGUUUUAACAACUAAUUGGACGGAACAAGCGCCUCAACAAUUAUACACUCACGUUAAGGCUUUGACUGCUGAGAGGGACAAGCUUUUGCAACAAUGGGUUAUAGAUUUAGGGCAGGAAAAUAUCAGUGGUGUGGAAUCAGGCAGAAGUUCCCAGGAAGGUGUGGAGUCCAGUCACUGGGCUGUCGAAUUGGCAGACUGGAAAGCCCGGCUAAGAAAACAGAGACAGGAACUCGAGGAAAAAACCGAAAUUCUAGCAGAGUAUAAGGAGGAAUUGGAACAUGCGACAAACUUGGUGACCAAGUUGAAAGCCGAGAACAGUGAAUUGUUGACUGAAGCGCGUAAAGCCAAAGCUUACAGAGAUGAGGCGGACGCAAUGCGAGAGCGGGCCGAAAGAGCGGACAGAUUCGAGCUGGAAAUUCAACGAUACAGAGAACGUCUCUCUGAUUCCGAAUUUUACAAAGUUCGAGUCGACGAACUGCGCGAGGACAACAGGGUGCUGCUGGAAACAAGAGAAAUGCUGGAAGAGCAGCUGGUUAGAGCACGCCAAAGAGGCGACCAAGUUUUAGAACUGGAGGCGGAACUGUUGGCCGCCAAACAGCGCAUCAAUGAAGCAAUUUUGGAACGGGACAUUGCCCGUGAAAAGAUUCAAGAAUUGGCUGAUGAAAAUCUUCAGCUGCAGCAAGUUGCAAAGUCAGCCUUGCAAGAAACCAGCUUGGGCAAUAUCUCAAUGGAUUCAGACAUGGAAGAGUCAAAUUCAGGAGAUAAUAGCCUUUCUGAGCAAUUGACCAGCAAUGCUCAAGCGCGCGCCUUAAAACUAGAACUGGAAAACAAAAGACUUUUAAGCAAACUUGACUCCUUAAAGGAGGAUAGUUUUCAUGAAACCGCUGAUAGAAUCCUGGAGUUGGAAAAGGAGAAGAAAAAGUUGCUGUUGAAGUGUGAGCAGUUUCAAGAGAACUGCGAUCGAUUGACCCAGCAGAAUGUUGAGUUGGAAAAUCUGUUCAAAAACGCCAUUCAAGAGAACCGGAAGGUGCAAAAUUCGAUGGAUUCGUUAAAAAUCGUUUCCGAUCGACAAUACCAAGAAAUUCAAAAUGAAAAGACGAAAAUUGCUGAUUUAGAACGAAACAUCGACAGCCUAUCAAAGGAAAAGCAGCGAGUACAAACACUGUGCGAUGUUGUGAAGAAACGGGCUGACGAUGCUGAGAAAUGUUUAAAUCAAACCUCCGAACAGUUGCAAGCUUUACAGAAAGAAGUGGAAAAGGGAGAGGAGGCGGAAAAACUUGGCCACGAAUUGCAGGACAAGGUAACCAGUCUGGAAAAAGAAAAUGCCAACCUUCUAAAAGAAGUUGCCAAAUUGAGGGAAGUUAUCGAAACCAAGGAAGUCACUCUGGACAAGAACGUCGAAGAGAAGCAAAAGUACGAGCGUGAGAUCAAAAAGCUGAACGCGGAUACCACGAAUUUAGUUGUGCAAAUCGAAAAGCUGCAAGAAUUUGAACGAAAGUCUACGGAACUGAUUUCAAAGGCUUCUGUUUAUGCGGAGACUAUUGCGGAUCUGCAGAAGGAUCUGAUCAGUGAAAAAGUCGGCAACGAAAAGUUCAAAACUAGCCUGGACAAACUGGGAUUGAAUCUGGACAUUUUAGACAACGACGUCAAUAUUAUUGUUGAGAAAAUCUUGCAAAAUGGUGACAUGUUCAAAUGCCUUCAGGCGGUGUUUAAAGAAAAAGAAACUGUUCGUGAAGCCCCUUGUUCAGCGUGCCAUUUCGAAGGCGACGCCCUGAAACAAGCAGAGGAAGUGGCAAAAUCCAUUAGCAAAGAAUGGAGUGAACAAUGUGAUAAACUAUACGCGGAUAUUGCUGCUUUGCAAGCAGCUAAUGAUGUUCUUCAAAACGAGAAUGCCACGUUGAAAGUGGAUAUUUCUACUUUGAAAUCGGAGGUGCAUUCAUUGCAGGCUCAGCAAACCGCCCUGCAGUUAGCCAAUAGUCAACUAGUCGCAGAAAAAGACGACUUGUCCAAGCAGCACUCGCAACAAAACCGGGACAGAGAGAAAAUUUUGCUGGAUCAAGUCACUAUGAGGACAUUGCAUGAGCAGCUUGCGAACGAAUACGAAGAAUUAAAACUGGAGCAGGAGAAUCUGCGGAAAGUUAAUAGGGAUUUGCGGUCAGAAAUCAGGGGUUUGAAAGAACAAAACGAUUGCCUGGAAGUGAAGGUGUCGAAUGCCGAACUGGAAAAAGAGAACCUCAGAGCAGACACAAUCAAUUUAAAUAAUCUAAGAGCGGAACAUUCCAAUUUGGAGGACGACUUUCGGUUUCUGUUCACUGCCAGCGAGCGCCUGAACACCAAAUAUAAGAACGUCCAAGACGAACUGAAAGCUUUAAAGAUGGAAUCCCGAAACUUGCGUCUCAGUCAAACGGAAAUACAGGGAGAACUCAAUUCUAGGUCGGAUGUUGUUGCAGGACUGCACCUGGAAAAUGCCAAAUUGCGACAGCAAUGUGAUAUUUUACUUGAAAUGAACCAGUCUUUAGGUUCGGAUCGCAGAUCGUUGAUGGAUCAUGUGUCGCAACUGUUGGCACAGUAUCAUUCUUUGCUAACGCAUUCACUGGAAGACCAGCAACAGUUCCAUUUGGAGGAGAAACAGUAUACGGAAAAAGUCAACAACUUAUGCAGGCAAAAGGAGAAAUUGGAGGAGAAAAUCAUGGAACAUUACCGAAAACUUGACAACGCAUCAGCCAAAAAGAAAGGUUUUGGAGCCACGUUCGUCAAGAGAGUGCGAAAAGCGGGGUCUGAUAUUAUCAGCAAAUCAAGGAAUCAUCGGUCUUGGCAUGAGGAUGCUACUCGACUUACUCAGUCGCAAUACACUCUAGCCGGUCAUGGAUCGGGCGAAUCAGAUAACAGAGACUCUGAUAACAGCACUGAGGAAAUGUCAACCAGUAACCAAAGAAAUAGUUCCAAAACACUAGAACCAUUCCGCAGGAACACCACAGGAACGGGCAGCUUACGCGAUUAUAAACCCAGGGACGACUCAGCCAGGGAUUUAAGUAUGCAUAGGAGUAGUAUAGCAGGUGAUCAGCUAUUCAACAGAGAACCUCGCAGUGCGUUAAGUUUAGGUUCAGUGGGUUCUCGAAGGACUGUAUACCUUUCAGAGGACGAUACGGGAUCAGUGACGCCAGCCUCCCAAACCAACGAUGCAAAUCAUGCAGCGAACCCUCCUCUUUUGGUGUAUAAUCGCAUUUCAACAGUCAUUGGCGAUCCUAAUCAAGUGCAAGUAAGUGGAUCUCCAUCCACCCAAGGCAAUGCUCCUCCAACUACCGCAGCCGAAGAAAACAAUUCAAAUGCUCCAGCAGAUAAAAAGGAGAAAAACUCUAAAGAAACGGCCGUUUGGUACGAAUAUGGUUGCGUGUGAUGCUGCAGUCAUUUUCUGUUUAUUUUCUACUGUUUUACAUCGUUGACAAACAACGAACUGCGGUUAUACAUACUGAUCCGUGAUAGAGAGAUUUUAAAUUAUUUACCUUAAGGUUAUUUAUCUGUCGUGUGUGUUAAGUUAAAUAUUAACUUGAAGCUGGGUAAUUUGAUUCCAUUGAGUUCCCCAGCUCUAAGCUGUUUUGUUUCCGUUCCUAUUUCUUAUUUAUUGUUAAGGCAGUAUUAUUCUUUGAGUGUUUAGGGCUUGACUUGAUCUCCAAAUUGUUGAAAACACUUGGCGACACAAUUUUAUGCUUAAACUAGCGCGAAUAUUUAUUUCGAAACGUGCAGGAUUUUGUUGGUUUCACUACGUGUUGCAAUCAAUAAGUAAAGUAGCUUCAUUCAGGAAGACCACCCUGUUGCCAGGCAGUGCCUGACGAACUGAGAAGACCACCCUGUGCCUGACGAACUUUUAAGCUUGUGGAAUUUAAAACGUUGUGUAGUUAAAAAAAUUUGUUUGCAAAGACUGGCAAUGUACUGAGCAAAUAUACAGGCCUGCUACCCGUUUUUUUAUCAGGUUUAUAUAAAUAUAUUCCUGGGCAGAAAAGAUUCGUUUUAUCAGCGCCUGGAUGGUUACGAAAUCUUAUUUAAUGAAAUGACGAUUUUAUACCUCUUGUAGUCUUAAGCACACAUUUACUUACCUUUUUAUAUACGGUUUACCAUUUCAUAGUGAUAUUUCUAUAGUUUUUGUACUUACUGUUUAUGCUAUGGUAGUUUGAUAGAUUGUGAGAAAACGUUGCCUUAAUAGAACUAUUUAUCUAAAUAUAAUUUUUAUAUGAA